AUGGCCAACGAAGACGUCAAAGAGGAAAAAGAUGCGCUCGACGCGCUCGAGCUGGAGGCAAAGGAGUUUGACAAGGACGCAGAAAUCGACAGAAUCCUCAAGGCGUUCAGGUUAGAUGCCUACGCCGUUCUCGAUCUGCAACCCGGUGUGCCCGAGUCUGACAUCAAAAUCACCUAUCGCAAAAAGUCACUCCUCAUCCAUCCGGACAAGACCAAGAACCCGCUGGCGCCUGACGCCUUCGACCGGCUCAAGAAAGCGCAAACAGAACUCAUGGAUGAGAAGCACCGCGAGCGUCUUGACGAGGCCAUUGCCGAUGCGCGCAUGCUUCUAAUACGCGAGAACAAAUGGACGGUCGACAACCCCGAGCUCAAGACGGACGAGUUCGCGAAGAAGUGGCGAGACAAAGCACGUGAAGUGCUUAUCGACAACGAGCACCGUCGGCGGCGGCAGAUGAAGGCGCAGAUGCAGGAAGAGGGACGGGAGCAGAGGAAGCAGGACGAGGAAGUCGAGCAGCGCAAGCGCAAGAGGCAGCACGAGCAGGACUGGGAGGCCUCGAGGGAUCAACGGAUCGACAGUUGGCGGCAAUUCCAGAAGGGCAAGUCGGGUGAUGGGAAGAAGAAGAAGAAGAUGAAGCCGAUUGGUUGA